GUGGCUGAACGUUGGUUGAUCAACAGGGCUGUACACAUUCCACAUUUGCGAACGACAGUAACACACGCGCGCGAAUCUACGGACGGCCGUUUGGCACGCGACUUAUUUCCGAUCUUCAUCUUUAGACACAAGUGGUGGUGAUAGUGACCCAUUUUUGGACAUGGAUCACUCUUUAUCUCAUGGAAAUCAUCACGGCCCUUUGCCGUGGGCAUACACCGCCGGUAGUACUCCGGUUUCGUCUUGGCAGCCUGCCUCAAGAGGUGCCAAAAGGCCUCUUUCCGAAAGUGACUGUGAUGAUGUUUACUCCGAAGAAUCUUCUAAAGAACAGUGCACGAGUCCAGGUGAUGCUGACAGUUGUCAAAUGUUAUCCAGGAAGAAGAGAAGAGGAGUGAUAGAGAAAAAGCGAAGAGACAGAAUUAAUAUGUCUCUAAGCGAGUUGAAACGAUUAGUGCCUAGUGCUUUUGAAAAGCAAGGAUCUGCCAAGCUAGAAAAAGCGGAAAUUUUGCAGAUGACAGUGGACCAUUUGAAGAUGCUGCAUGCCAAAGGUUUGGAUUCCUUUGCCUACGACCCCCACAAAUACGCGAUGGACUACCAUGGGAUGGGCUUUCGGGAAUGCGUAGCAGAAGUGGCUCGAUAUUUAGAACGAAUUGAAGGCCUAGAUGUACAAAAUCCUUUGCGAUUAAGGCUUACAUCGCACCUUCAGUGUUGUGCAGCCCAAAGAGAGUUAGCAUCCAAACAAGCUACCUCAGCUCCGUGGGGUUAUCCAGCUUCGCAACCACCUUACCCCCCAUUAAACACUUUGCCACCUUCUCCCGCAUCAAACAACGGUCCACUGGUAAAUAUAAACCAUCACCAGGUACCUCCCCCACCACCUACCCAGAACCUACAUCAUGACUUGGGACACUUUGAUGUAUCCACGUCUUGUGCUCAGACGACGAUUCCUGUAGCCACUUCAGACAGCAAUAGACUCCCACCCUCAACAUCAAUCCUCACACCUUUAACCACCACAACUCCUUCUGCUCUAGCUUAUAGUCCUCACCAAUACCCUCCAAAUACCUUUAGUAUUCCUACGUCCAGUCACCACCAAAAUUAUAGCCAAAGUAUUCCUCCGUCCCAGGGGAUGAAGCCCUACCGACCUUGGGGUGCUGAAGUUGCCUAUUAAAUCUAGUUUUAAGCUUGGGGCUUUUUAAUAAACAAGUCUUCGAAAUUACUGAAUAUCACUAUGAAUAUAUCACUAAUAUCACUGAAAACUAAACCACUAAUUUAGUUUUAGCGUAUAGGUCUUGGGCUCACCAUUAAAAAAAUAUUACCUCCCUCAUGAGACUUUUUUAAAUAAAAUCCACAAGGAAAAGAAAAAAUUUUCCUGUAGUUGGCUGUAUACCAACAAUGAUGAAAAUUGGAAAAAAAUCAUUUGUAAAAGGUAUACAAUUUUAUUAAAAAUCCCUUUAAGGGCUACAUCACAGAACGUUUACGAUUUUAUUAAAAAUCAUCAUCAGUGUUAAACCCUAAAAGUAAGUAUAACUUUAAAUGUUUUUUUAAGUAGAAUUUCUAGUAUUUCUUUGGUGGCUCAGCUGGCAUCCAACCUGUAAGUAUAACCAACUUGCUUUAACCUUAGUCAAAAUUUAAAUAUCAACUUUGCAUUCAUUAAAACGGUUAUACUUACUUUUCGGUUUUAACACUGAUGAUGAUUUUUAAUAAAAUCGAAAACGUUUUAUGUCACAAUAUCAUAACUUAAAAAUAAAAAUCGACCUGUUUCGGGAUUUUUCCUUAAAGUCGCCGGUUUACGAAAUAACCAAUUUAUUCCUUUCAUUUGCACCAUACUGUAUACACAUGCAACGGUGGAAAAUAGUGUCGCGCACGCUUGAUUAGCAAUUAAAAAACAAAGGAGUUUUGAAUAUUGUAUUGCAAAAAAACUCUUCGGGAUUUCAUUAAUCGAUGUUUAAAGAAUAUCUACCUACCUUGGCAACAUUCAAAUUUUCAGUUUUUCACAUAGUUUUUGAGGGUUAAAAAUGGCCGAUUUCGCAAUUUGUCAAUUUUUAAUCCCUUAUAUGUCAAAAACUAUCAACUUUAGUGAAAAGUCACUUAAGACCUUUUCUGUUUGGAAUGAUCCAAAAAACCUAAAAAAAUUUUGUUCUAUGCAAAAAAAAAUAAUUUUAGGAAAAAAACAAAAAAAAAAGUUUAAACAAUUUUUGACCAACUUUUGGUCCUGGCAUCAUGCAAAUUUGUUAAAAGGGGUCCUUUUUGAGUAAGAUUGUGCAAAAAAUCCGAAUUAGAAUAUUUUUCCUAGCGGAUGCGCAGUGGCUUUCUGGACUAUAAAGCUUCCGACCUAUCCUGAAAAACUGAAUAGCGAAUGUGAUUUACAUAAUAUCACCUGGUAUGUAUUAGGAAACGAAACAGUUAAAUACUCGUUGCAUGUGCGCGCAGGUCGCGUCUUCGCGGGGAUCCCAUAGGUGUGCCAGUUGAGGUUUAUGGGAAUCCCCGUUAGAAAUCCAGUGAAGUACGUAAUUAUUUUAAAACGUUUUUUUUUGUUUUAAAACAGUGUUUUUUUGUUUUAAAACGGUGGUUUUUUUAGAUGAAAAAAAAAACUGUUUUAAAAACGAAAAACAUUGUUUUUAAACAAAAAAAAAACAUGUUUUUUUAUAAAAAACCAAUUUUUGUCCAACCCUGGCGUCCGACAACUGUAGUACCCUUAAAAAUUUGUCGGACAAUAUUACCAGUUAGUUGUAAAUAUUUUUAUCAAACGAUCCUGCAAAAAUCAGCUGUGAGGGUAUAAAUUUUAUGACUCUUUAUAAUGUGUGCGCUCCCUAUGGAGUCAUAAUUGAUGAUUUUUUUGCAGGAUUGUUUGAUAAAAAUACUUUCAAUUUACUGGUAAUAUUGUCCGACAAAUUUUUAAGGGCACUCCAGUUGUCGGACGCAUCAAAGUUCAGAAAAUCUCUAUAUUUACGAACCCCCCCCCCCAGAAAAUAACUGAAUAAUAAAAGUCUCAUGAGGGAGGUAAUAUUCUUUUUAAAUCGUGGGCCCAAGGACUAUAUCCUUUUAAUGUCGAUGUUUGACAAAAAGUAGUGUUUGUUUUAUAUUCAAGUAGCAGUCGAGUUUAAUUUUUGAAACAAAAAAAUGUACAACAUACACUGUUAUAAUAAGUAAACAGGCUGACUCAUUCUUAAUAAAAAAUUCUGGUCAAUUAUUUGUAACUUCUAUUGAAAUCAAGAUAUUAGUUCACCUAGCUAAUUAUUUAUUGUUAUUGUAACCACAGGUAUGUGUGUUUACCAUUACAAGUCAUGUAAUUGGUACUAGGAAAAAUUAAAUAAUUAUUGAUAUGCAUUGUUAUUAAACUGUGGGUGAAUUCGAGAAACUAAUUUUUAUCAAUUGUUUUCAGUUACACCUACACUCCUUAUCAAAAAAAUCUAGAGACUUUUUAGCAAAUCUAGGCAUUUUGUAUAUAUUUUUUUAAAUUCUGUUGGUGUUAAGUGGUUUGAUGAAGAGAAAGUAAACAUUAAUAGUAGAAACCGUUUAUUUACAACACUAAAAAAGUACUUUAAUUUCCUUGAAAUUUUACCGCGCAGGACAGGCGAGAAGUGAGAUGCAACUUUUAGAUCUCCCUCAGCCUUCUUUGCUCCAGCAUUCGUUGGUUUCCAAAUUUUAGAAACCACGAAGAUGUUACCAGAAAACUUUAUUUUUAAUAGUAUUUUAAUUUUAGUAAAGCACAACUUUCGCUUGUUGCUAAAAAAGUAAUAAUAAGAAAAAUAAGUGAUCCAAAAGGAAGUAAUAAGUAAUGCAAAAAAUUACCAUUGUUCAAAAUAUAUACAAAACAAAUAAUAUAUAUUUUAUGAAAGAUGCGGUGAAAACUACCUUUGAAGAAAAUUU